CCGCCUCAGAGUUCGUUUCCUUUUAAAACACAGGCCAGCUACGUGCGUGCUUUGACGGAGCAAGCGGACAAAUAAAAGACCAUGGGUCGGCGCAAAUCGAAGCGGAAGCCGCCUCCUAAGAAGAAGUUGACUGGAAAUUUGGACACCCAGUUCACCUGUCCAUUUUGUAACCACGAGAAGUCGUGCGACGUAAAAAUGGAACGCAGUAGAAAUACAGGAAUAAUAUCCUGCACAGUUUGUUUGGAGGAAUUCCAGACUCCCAUAACCUAUCUUUCAGAACCUGUGGAUGUUUAUAGUGAUUGGAUAGAUGCUUGUGAAGCAGCCAAUCAGUAGCAGUCUUCUCCAGUCAUUCCAAUGAAUGUGAAAAAAGGAAAUUAGUUACAGUCACAGUAGUUUGAACCACUUUGGCUGUGCCAGUCCACAUUCUUACUGAGCGCAAGUCCUUAAAUCAGUUAGAGUAAACCAGAAAUUGGCUUUGGUGAAAAUGUUAUUCUGAGGAGUAAUGAUUAGACAUUGUACCUUCUUUCUUGUUUCUGAUCUAUUCCAUUAACUCUGAACCAGCACAGCUUAAGGGGACUGGCACACACAGCACACACAAUCUGUAGGGAAUCUUAAUGCUGAAGAAGCUGACUUGAUAUAGCAGUUAUGAAUGAAUUAAGAAUGUUUUGCUAAUGAGAACAUGUUCAUUAUGUCAGAGUUUUAGCUUUUAAGUGUGCUCUUUGUCUCUUUCUUAAUGGGCUGUAGUGCUUUUCCCGGGAGGCUGCAGUGUUUUGCAGGCUUUAGAACUGGGUGAGCCUCCGUGGGAACAGACAAGUAAAGACUCCCUUUAAUCUAAAAUAGAAAAACUAACACACAUUCUUAUGGGCUAACUACACAAACUGUUUUUUUGGAAUCAGAAUUGCUGUACAGUGCCAGCCAGCCAUUUAACCUGCCAUAAUUUUCAAAUAAACCAAAGCGCCAGUUCAAAGACUCCUGUGUAGAGCUACAGUCUGAGUGACCGUCACUUUCUGCUGAAGAUUGUCUGUCACUCCGCCACCUCACCCAUUGAGUUAAUGCAAUGGUGUAUAGCAGCCUUGAGCUGUCAAAGUACAGUGGACUGUGGUUUAUCCCUUUAUUAUGUGCUCUUUAUUUCAUUUGUGUUUUCAUAAAAAAAAAAAAAAGUUUAAAACCAGCAUGCUUGUGGAUAUUCAGAAAUCAGGUACUGACCUCAGUGAAGUUGAUAAAUGCAAAAAAGUGAGUGAACUAUUAUAUGUUGGGAUAUUUAACAAUGGAUUAAUGGAGUCACAUCUUCCAAUCAGCUUGCAAAAUCACUAAUUCCAAAUGUUGUUUGAUGUGACUUUGUUCGUCUGAGAUUUCCACUUCCAUCCAAAUAGGUCUUUGUCAUGUCAAACAGUUCGAUUUGUCUGUGGAAGACAUCAAUGUUUUGAUCUAUUAACUUAACCCUUCACUUGGGUAACUGUAUUACAUGUUUUAGAAAUCAACUCCCCUUUGUGUGAAUUUCAGUUUGUAACUAGUUCUAUCAGCUGCUACUGUUAAAUACAACAAAUAGGUUUGUUGCGUGCGCCAUUUGUAAAACCAAUCCUUUGUGUUUGUUGGAAAAAAAUUAAAAACAGAAAUGCAGAUUGUGACAGAUUAAUUCCUGGUGCCAUCUAUGUGGAGAUUAUUAAUAGUUUCCUUUUUGAAAUAUAAAUCCAGUGUUUUUUGUCGUGUGUGACCGAUGACUUGAACAAUAAACUUAAAUUCUCAAAAAGUAA